ACCAUGUGCUACUAUGGCAACUAUUAUGGUGGCCUGGGCUACGGCUACAGUGGCCUGGGUCACGGCUAUGGCUGCGGCUGGGAUGGCUAUGGUUAUGCCUGCUACCACCCAUGCUGCUUUGGAAGAUACUGGUGUUCUGGCUUCUACUGAGCUGUUCUAGUUUGCUGAUCCCUGGGAUAGUUCCUGUUGUUAUUUAUAUAAAGAUUCUCUAUUAUAUUAGUACUAUUUUUCUAUUCUAACACUAAUAUCUAAAAUCCUAGGCCACCCAUGAUAAAAGAGUCACCAACUCAUGAACUAUCUAGAAUAUCCAAUGAUUCCAUGGGGUAAAACUAUGCAUUCAUUUUGGUAUGUGU